CGAAUGUUGAUUGAAUGCAGUUCAGGUGUUUACGCGGUUCCGAGAAAAACCCGUGGAAUACACAUUAGUUGUCGCGUAGCCGGGUUCACAUAUCGGUGAGCGACAAGCACAACGCGGCAGCGAUAUCGUGUGGACGAGAAUGAGUGGCAGCAAAGGCGAGAGCGAUCAGUGCAACAGGAUGAGAGAAAGCAACGUAGUAGCGAUGAUGGGUGACGUUCUCGUUGAGAAGGAUACUCGCUGCAAUGUACGCGUCCACGCUGAGGACGAAUUUACGCAACAGGAGAACGAACAGACUAUUAACUGCACGGAGGAUGCUGUUGGGUCUCCCGUUGUCGCGGACUCUGUUCCUGCCGCGAGUGUGGCAAUCAACGAAAGCGUGGUCGAACAGUUUAUGAAGGGCGCCAGGGCUCCCAACAACGUGGAACCGAACGCGAUGCAAACGAGGUCCGAGACGCUCGUUGAAAAUCCAAGCACUGCUGCGAACGUGGACAACUCAUUCAGGGGUGAGGAAAUGUGCUCGUCGGAUUUAUGCAAAGCGAAAAGGGAAUUACUUAGAGAAGAGUUACAGAAAGCCAUGAAGUUCCAAAAUCUGUGGACAGAGUUACGCCAACAUAUAAGGGAUUCCUUUAAUGUUGCUCUAGAAGCUUCUCGCAUUCCUGGAGGCUUGCAAUUCCAUCAGACACCAUUUUCAGUGGACGACACGCACAAAAUUGUACUGCAACUAUAUAAAAGGAAUCCUCAUCAGUUAUUCAUAAAGCUAGUAAGCCUGGCGCAGGAGUUUGUUGUAGAAGUAAAAGUUCGAUUAUUAGCUCUUCUACAUGAUCUUAGUGUAAAUAAUUUAGCAGAAAUUUUUCUUAUAGGUCUUUUAGAUGAUUACGACGCAUUGAUAACAACAGCUGUAAAGAUUUCUGAAUUUGUGAAGCUCUUAAAAGAUCAUUUGGGCAAGUUCAACUACGAAUUUCCUUUGCCAUGGGCUGCUUUUAUUAAAAAGUUAUAUCAGAUUUAUAUAUAUGAUGACCCAUUCAUACAAAACAAUUUGCCUCCCUUCAUUGGUCAGUUACGGAAACUUUUGCCUUUGAAAGGCUCGGAAUAUCAACGGCUCGUUCAUAGGUAUUUGUGGUUUGAUAAGGAAAUGACAGUAAUUAGAGAUUUAUGGGUGGAAACCGAGUCGUGGAUGGACAAGUACAAUGUAGAACAAGCAUAUCGAAUGAUCCACUUUAGGCAAGUAAGGGAAGUGUUCACAGCAACUAGAAAACUUGUGGAACCGCGCGUAUUAAAUAAAUCAUCUAACGUUGCAAAUGAAUUACAAGAAGCGGAUGGACAACUUUUGACACUUACAUCACAAGAAAAAAUUGGUGUAUCAGAAGUGGAUAGUAGGCCUUUAAGUCCCGCACCGGAUUUAAGUUUAGAUUCGCCCAAUAUGCUUCCUAGUAUCGAAAUUCUGCAAAUUUUAUUGGAUGACUGGAGCAAGAUUAUGAAAUCUUUGCGUCAGAAAUUGUCUGAUGUGGCAGGUACACAGCCCUCCACGGAUAUUUAUGCUAAUGGACAGGAAGAUUUCUUUGACUAUGCAUGUGCAACUUGCCACUUAGUACAAUCUGCAAUUAGAUCAGUCAGAAGACACGGCUAAUUUCUCGGCAACGCAGGUGAAGAAAAAGAUUGAGAAUCUAGAAAUAAAGGAGAUAAAAAGCGACGACAACGAAGUGAGAAAUACAAAUGAAGAUGUGGAUUUAAGGGCGUCUGAUGCCCAGCCUUGUUCAUGUGUAUAUCAGCAUGUAAGAGAAAUAACGGAAAGAAAGAUGGUAUUAGAAAAUCCACCUUGUUUGUGUUUACUGAAUUCCAAACGCAAGAUAUGGGACACCUGCCCCUGCCUAACAAAAUCUGUAUUUGAACCCAUUGUACCGAAUGGCCAUCCGAAGCCAUCGUCGCCUCCUACCGUAAAGAUUACUCAAGAACCAAAUAAACCUGUAGUAAAAACUGGUUCUACUCAGUCUGCUCAAACACAAACGAGACAUUCUACAACGCAGACACCGAACACCGCUCACAAUCAUACAACGGAUCAGGGUACCACUCAUUCACACUCUCAUGGGCCUCUUCCAGAUUUGGUAAAAAACACGGGUCCUACUCAUAGAUCUCAUACACAUAGCAAUCAUUCGUCGCAUGCCUGUCACAAGCAGGCUAAUGUCGAGCACAUUAAGAGAGUUUCAUGUAACGACUUAAGUUCCGGGGAUGGAGAUUGUUCGGAUUCCGGGAGUAGUCAAGAGGAUUCUUGUUCCACGAGUAGUUCUGUGCAAAGAGAUUCGAGCAGACAUUGCGAUUGUUGUUAUUGUGAAGUAUUUGGCCAUGGAGUUCCUUCGGUAGCACCAGUUAGUAGAAAUUAUAAUGAAAUGAGAGAACGGUUACGGCAAUUAUUAACCAAGAAAAAAGCUAGAAAAUGUAAAGCCACGUGUAGUCCUUCGAAAAGUCCGUCAGAGUCGGUAGUAUCUGAUACAAGUACGGAAAUGAAGGCAGUGACGAAUUCCGCGCCAAGAUUGAACACUCCAAUUUCAACUAUUCCUGCAAUACAAUCAGAUCAACGAGAUCAGAGAGAUCUGGAAGAACUGCUUGAAUUCAUCGAGGGUAAUCAAAAUGGAAAGAAAGAUAACAACAAAAAGGCCGAAAAGAAAGCUAGGCAGAAACAACGGAAGUUGGAAGAAAAGCUUAAAAGAGAUAGACAAGAGGCUGAAAAGCAGAAACUAAUAGAAUUGCAAAAAAAGACACCGGAAGUGACGAUUACUGUUGUAGAUCCUCAGAAACCUGUUCCUCAAAGAUUAUUACCUCAGUGUAACCUACCCGAAGUAUCUAUUUUACCUACGUCACCUCCAGUAGCAUCAUCGACUGUAAAGCAAUUAAAUAAUAAAAAGAAAGACAAGCAAGAAGUCUGUAGCAAUAGUAGUAAUACUAGUAGCAGUAGCUGUAGCAGCAGUAGUAGUAGUAGUACCAGUAGUAUAAAUAGCAAAACGAAGACUGCAUCUGUGAAUACGAAUGUAAAGAGUAAAAACGUUAGUAAAGCCGAUAAAACAAUGGCCUCUAGCCAGACGAAUAAUAAAACGGCGAUCAAAAGUGAUAAACAUGAAAUUAGUAAUAAGAUUAACAAAGUACAGAUAACCAGUAGUAAUAGCCCAAGCACGAAAACUAAUGCCACGGAGAAAUCACUGACCGUCGAUUUAGACGAUAAAAAAUUGACGAAGAAAGAGAGGAAAAAGUUGAAGAAGAAAAUGAAAAAAAUGGAGGAAGUAAAGGCAAAAGAGGAGACAAAGAAACUGGUUCAGAUAGAGACCCAACCUCAGAUUGUAACGAUUAAAAGAGUCAUGGAAUCUAACAGCGCAGAACCAACAGUCACGAUUACGUUGAAGGGUCAAACACCAGCCGAAGAUAAAGUUUUAUUCACAUUGGUGAAUGGUCAGACGAAAGAAGUCGCCAGCUUCAAAUUGGAGAACGAACAAAAUCAGAAUGUCAACGGGAAGAAGAAGAAAACCAAAGCGAAUAACAAUAACAGUAACAACAAUAACACUAAUCAUAAUAACAAUAAUUUGUUUCAACAGGGGAACAAACAGCAGCAAAUGAACAAUUCGAAACAACAGAUACAGAACAAAAUUUGCGACAGCAAGAAUAACACAAAACAACAGUCGAACAAUGAAAAGAGCAAAGGAAAACAAGUAGAUGAGAAAAAGGUUCAACAACAGAGUGUUACUGAAACAAAAACGAAAUCCAAAAAAGAUAAGAAAAAUACGGAGAAUAAGGAGAACGUGCUGCAACAGAACGUUGUAAAUAAGAGCAAAAAUCAAUCGCAGAAUAUAACUGGAAAGAAGCAGAAUAAAGUCAAUGCUCCAUCUCAAACUUCAGUUUCACAAAAGCCAACGCAGAAUUUGAAUAUCAGCAGUGACAACAAGAAGACAAAAAUACAGUCGCAAGGCAAAAAUGGGCAAUUGAGUUCCACCAAAAGCAAUAAGAAUACACAUACUAGUAUCACUAUUAAACAGAUGAAGAACGAUAACCAAAAAGUUCAAAAUAAAGUAAUAAACCAGGCAACUGUCAAGCAGCGACCGGAGAUACAGUCGGCAUCGACAGAAAGGGUUAACUCGCCUCUUAGCAGUCAAUUUAAAGACAUUGGCGCGAAUUCGAAGAUCAACAUAGAAAAUUUAAAAUUACCUCCCGGCAUUACGAUAACAAAAGUCGACGCUCCUGCGAAACCAUUGCCGAUAAGAUCAGCGCCAUUGCCUAAACCAGUAAAUCCGCCUAAGCAAACUACGAUAAUUGCUGCGCCGAUGAGCGGCGUUCAGUCGAGUUACGCGAGUUCUCAAGCCGGUGGUAACGUGAUCGUGGUUGAUACCGGGAAAUUGAAGCAAGAUCUUUUACCCAAACCCGUGGAAAAAGAUAUAUCUAAAGAAAUGCAACAAGGUCAAAGUACUAGCAGCAAAAAGAAGAAAAAGAAAAACAAAAAUGCAUCGAAUUCUGGCAACACAUCAAACCAAUCAACGGUACAAAAUAGUGAUCAUUUUAUAAACGAUCAUUCAGACGAACCUGCGAGAAUACUUCAUAAUCCGAAUACCAACAUGGUUACCAUAAGAAACCCAGCAUUUGGUCCGAUGAAGGUACCACCUACCCAACAGGCAGCUAUUAUAAAAGUAUCAGAGAACGGUAUGGUCACCAUCAGGAGUCCCGCGUUGCAACAAGCGAUCAACGCUGGUCUAACGUCGCCACCAAAACCAGAUUACAUCGUGAAAGGUGAUCUGUCGUCGAAAACGUCGACAGAAAAUACAAAUCUGAAACAUGCUAAUGGUAUCAUUCCGUCGAGUUUGGCGGAACUGAGAAGUAGACUGACACCGGACUGCACGACUCUAAGCGGCUUGGCUAACAUACAGAUCAGCAAAGUGACGAAUGGUCAGCCUAUACCAGAGAAUGGGAUCAACUUAAAAGGGACUAGCGUCACAUUGACGAAAGUGAGGACGGAGCCUAGCAUGGAGGACGUGCAGAAUGCAAAGACGGCGGUCCGAGAAGCGAUAAACGCCUCGAUAGCAGUGUCAUCCAACAGCAAGAGCAAGAAAAAGAAAAAGCGUGGAACCGGCGCAAGACAAUGCGGAGAUGACUGGAACCUCGUUGAGAGCGUAUUCACGCCCAAAGAUAUAGACCUUGAGGAUGGAGAAAUGGACGAUGCGGAGCGGGAGCUAGAGGCGUUCAAGAGGUUUUGUCUACAAUCGGUGCCGCCACCGCGCAAAGAGAAGGUCAAUCUCAACAUCAAGGACAUCGUGCUAAAGAAGAAAUCAUCCUCAUCGUCGUCAUCUUCGGCGGCUGCCACUGUGAUCGCCGCGAAUUGAUUUUUCUUUCAACUAACACUAGACGCCCCCUACCACUUCUACUACUACUACUACUACU